AUGCCAGGUGGCUUCCUGUUUGAAGGGCUCUCUGAUGAUGAGGAUGACUUUCACCCAAGGGCCAGGUCCACACCCUCUAGCAGCACACCCAGCUCCCGCCCAGCCUCCCUGGGGUACAGUGGAGCUGCUGGACCCCGGCCCAUCACCCAGAGUGAGCUGGCCACUGCCCUGGCCCUGGCCAGUACUCCAGAAAGCAGCUCUCACACGCCAACUCCUGGCACCCAGGGCCAUUCCUCAGGGACCUCGCCAAUGUCCAGUGUCCAGUCAGGGACGCCCAUCACCAAUGAUCUCUUCAGCCAAGCCCUACAGCAUGCCCUGCAGGCCUCUGGGCAGCCCAGCCUUCAGGUCAGUCUUCCCCGCUCCUGGUAUCCAUGCGGCUUUUCUGGUUACUUUGGAUACUGAGCUUUUUUCUGCUCUCUGGAGGGCCUCCCCACUUGGCAUGCUUCACUCCAGGAACAGCCCGGGCAUGGCGGUGUAACAGGAGGAUACUCCCAGCAGGGGCAGUCGUCCCUGUGACUUCCAUUCCUGCACCCAGUGACCAUGGCCUGACUCCACUGACCACCUGGCUUGGAUACUUAUGGCAGUUUUGGUCAAUUCAUUCAUUCUGUGAGCAUUGUCUGAGCACUGAGCAUGUAAAUACUGAGCCUGGACCUGGAUCCUGUACCUGGUGUAGAGAUGAGCCGCCCUCAUUCCUGCCACAGAGGGGCAUCAGGCAGUUAGUUACUGAACUUGGGGAGUAACAGAGCAAGAAGCCCACCCCAGGCUUGAGGUGAUGGCCUAGGUCAGGCAAAACUUUU